AUUUGAACAUCUGCCGUUGCGCGCCGUGUGGUAGAGACUGGUGAGCGAGUCAGUUUCAGUUAUGUAGAGUCACCUCAUUAGUUCACGUCGCAUCGAACAAAGUGUUUCGUAUCUACACUGUCUGUGCGCGUCUCAACUAAGAACAAAGUGUUGUUGAAAAAGUAAUGUUUUGUGCGUACCUAUUUUACUGUCUAUUUCAGUGAAUAAUUUUUUCAUGUUUUGUUUUGUUGGGCCUUUUUAAAUUAAAUGUAAGUACUGGACGCGAUUGAAAUAUUCCUAAUUUAGAUUGUGCUUUGUUUAUCUCAACAGUACGUGAUCCUAUGGUGUUCCAGCUUUGACAAAGGAUUAUAUUGAAUGAGUAGUGCUGGAUAACGAAAAAAGUAAGCCUUCUAACAAUCUUGAAUAGGAUGACGGCUAAAUGAAAAUGGCAUCACCGACACCCUCACUAGAAUCGAUUCCACGAGCAAAUUCAAUUGGAUCAUUUGGUGAUCAACACGAUUACCUUUCUCUUUCGCCUUUGGCAGAUUCGCCGUUAUCAAUUAGCGGAUCAUCACCUCCAGUAAGCGACUCGGUAGAUAGAGACAGCGACCCAUCCGAACUACAUUGUCAACAGUGCAGAGAACCAAUCUCUGAUCCUAAAUUGCUGUCCUGUUUCCACACGUUUUGCAACAAUUGUCUGGAGAAGAAUAAACUCAUCUGUCCACGUUGCAAUUCUGAAUCCAUUGAAGGUAUAUUGAGUAGCCUUCUAUUCAACGGUGACAAUAGUAACGAAGUUAAUUUGGCUCCUGUUCGUUGCACAGGUUGUAAACAUAAAAAAUUAGACGCAGUUGCCCGUUGUGUAGAUUGUGUCAAUUAUUUGUGUUCGAAUUGCGUUAUGGCACAUCAAUUUAUGCACUGUUUCGAAGGCCACAGAGUAGUUAAUCUGCAAGAGAUCAAAGAAGAGACAAAAAACGGACUGCUAUCGAAUAGUAUUAUGAGUAACACCGAAAAAAGUAUGAUUUGUCCACGUCACAAAUCCGAAUUGCUUAAAUAUUAUUGUCGUACGUGCGCAGUACCAAUUUGCAAGGAAUGUUUAAAUUUGGAUCAUCCCGUUGGACUUCACGAUUACGAACAUAUAAGUGAAGCAGCACCGAAACAAAUCGAAGCAAUUCAACACGCUGUAACAGAAGCUAAAAGCAAAGCAACCGAUAUCAGAAAUAGUCUUAAGAAUGCUGAACAUGUUUCCAGCCGCCUCCAAGUACAUUAUCAUAAAGCUCAAAACGAAAUAAAUGACACUUUCCUAUUCUAUAGGUCUAUGCUAGAAGAAAGAAAACAAGAACUGCUUAAAGAAUUAGAGAGCGUUUUCAGCGCAAAACAAAUCUCGUUGGGAGUGGCUACGCAAAAGGGCCAGGAAACGUGUGAGCAGAUAUAUAAAACUUGCGAAUUUGUAGAGAGACUGAAUAAAUGUGCAAACGUUGUUGAAAUACUUAUGUUUAGAAAAUUGUUAGACGCUAAAUUACAAGGUCUCUUAAAUUAUAACAUUGAUCAAACAGUACAGGCCGCAGGCGAAUUAGAAUUUGUGUCAAAUUAUCAAGCCAUCCAAGUGGGCGUAAGAAACACAUUUGGUUAUGUAAGAUCGAGCGCAGAAUCAUUAGUCGGUCCUAGUAAACAACCACCCAUUGCUAGACCUACAGGCGGCGGAGGAAGCUCUAGUUCAAGCGGAAGCAGCGUAAAUGGUAGUUCCGUAAAUUUAAACGGAGGUAUGCACUGUCAAUAUAACGUCUCCACUUCAAGUCAAUCCACUUCUCCGUUCGAAUCGAACAUAAUCAGUAAACGAUUCAGCAGUGCCAAUAGUUUGGGUCCAUUUUCAACUACAAUCGGAGAUUUGAAUUUGAACGGUAUCAACCCGUACGAAAAAUGGUCGAAUGGAGGCGCAGAUAGUAUUUUCCAAAGCGGAACUACCGAUCCGUAUUCCUUAUCGAGUUCCGCCCACAACGAUUCUAUGUUAGAUCUAACUACGAAACUGAUGUCGACAGCGAUAUUUCCACCGAAAUCUCAAAUAAAAAGACAAAAAAUGAUAUAUCAUUGUAAAUUUGGAGAAUUCGGAGUUAUGGAAGGACAAUUUACCGAACCAAGUGGAGUGGCAGUCAAUGCCCAAAACGAUAUAAUCGUCGCCGAUACGAACAAUCACAGAAUCCAGAUAUUCGACAAAGAAGGUAGAUUCAAAUUCCAAUUCGGCGAGUGCGGUAAACGCGAUGGUCAAUUAUUGUAUCCAAAUCGCGUGGCGGUAGUACGCACUUCCGGAGAUAUAAUCGUAACUGAACGUUCUCCUACCCACCAAAUUCAAAUUUAUAAUCAGUACGGUCAAUUCGUUAGAAAAUUCGGAGCUAACAUCCUCCAACAUCCUCGAGGUGUAACCGUAGACAAUAAAGGACGUAUUGUUGUCGUCGAGUGUAAAGUAAUGAGAGUAAUUAUAUUCGAUCAAACUGGAUCCGUACUCCAGAAAUUCGGUUGUUCCAAACAUUUGGAAUUCCCCAACGGCGUUGUAGUUAACGAUAAACAAGAAAUUUUCAUAAGUGACAACCGCGCGCAUUGCGUCAAAGUAUUCAGUUACGAAGGAGUCUAUUUGAGACAAAUCGGAGGUGAAGGUAUUACUAAUUAUCCUAUCGGCGUUGGAAUAAACGCGAACGGAGAAAUAUUGAUAGCCGAUAAUCACAACAAUUUCAAUUUGACCAUUUUCACUCAAGACGGACAAUUGGUAUCUGCUCUGGAAAGUAAAGUAAAACAUGCGCAAUGUUUCGACGUUGCUCUAAUGGACGAUGGCUCGGUUGUAUUGGCAAGUAAGGACUACAGGCUCUACAUUUAUCGUUACGUUCAGGUUCCUCCUAUUGGCCUGUAAACAUUUCCUCCGGGCAGGGUCUCCAGCCGCCAUUCCCAACACUUUUUGUUGAUGCAUUUUUGAAUGGAGUGGUCGGAUGCUGGUCUGUUACUCGUAUUAUUUUUUUAAAGUUGUCAAAAUUUUCACGAUAUUUAUCGUCAUAGUUUUGUACUGUAUUUCACAUGUUGAUAUUUUAAUAUUAUAACGUUUGACUACGCGAAGCUGGACAGAGUCGCUACUGUGGUGGCCUGUUGCCAUGUUGUAUGACCAAAUUUAUCAAUUUUUAAAACAGGGAUAUUAUUAUUAUUAUUAUUCAGAUUAGAAAUGUUAACCAAGCAUCGCAUGGUGCCUGGGCCAUUGUUGUAAUUUAAAUUGAGCAGUUUCCGAUGAUAAUGAUCUAUUUUAAUAUGCGUGUAUGAUGUUGUGUAUGUUCUUAGAAAUAGCGCCUUGUUGUUAGCGGGAUGCCGCGUUGUUACGGACCCUAGUCAACCGAGAACUUUCAAUUUCGUAGUGUUUAAUUUUUAUUAUUGUUCUCUACAAUUUUUCCUAUUUAGUGGAUGUUUGUAUACUAUAAAAUACCACGUGCCGUGCCCACAUUUCCGCCGCUCGGGAAAUUAAAAACCCGUUGUCGGCAUUUGUUUUUAUGUUUACGUAAUUUUAGUUUUGUUAUUCACAUAAAAUUAGUUACUUUUGUGUAUGUGUGGUGCUGCAUGCUACUACAUAUUUCCACCAACUCUUAUUUUUUUACUUAGUUUGUAGUUUUUUUUUUUGUAGUAAUAUAUUUGUUUGUUGAUGCUGCCGAGUUUAAGAUAUAGGGUGCGAAUUCAGAAUUACUAUGGAUUCGCGUCCUUUGGGAACUAUAUCCCCAUAUCAAGACUAUAAUACUUAGCUAGAUUUUUUUCGUUCAAAUGCGUUAGGUAUUGUUACUUUCGAAAAAAAAAACCACGAGACAUCAUCCCCUACCUGAUAAUCCUUCCUAGGUCACGUUUUUGUUUUUUUUUUUUUUUUCUUGUUUUUAUUUUGCCGACACAUGACAAUAUUUUAUUUAUUUUAUUUAUAUAUUUUAUAUUUAGAGCAAACUUUACGUUUAAGUAAAUUCGAAUAUUGUCUUCAAAUAGUAGGUACAUUCAUUUGAUAGUUUUGAAAAUAGGUUAUUCGAUGUUCAUAUACUCUUUAUUCGAAUUUAUACUUUGCCACCUCAUAUAUUUACUUACUUACUUAAUCCCCUUCAUAUCCUUACGGAAGUAAGACUUGAGGUUUGAGUUUUUUUUUUCUUCGGGUCUAAAAUUAUCUCGCAUUUCUUUCGAUUCUCGUUUAUGGUAGCUCUUCGUGUAAUUUCUUCCCUCAAUACUUAGUAGCUUUGUUCAUUUCGUCCAUCCCUCUACUUCUGAUUAAGCGUUUCUUCGUUCUCUGCAAAUAUGACCAUAUCAUUAAUAUGGCCAUAAUAACUCGCCAGUUUCCAGAAACUUGCUUUAUGCCUCAUCUAAUAUUACUCCUUUGUUGGUUUCAAAUAUUCUUAAUUUUUUCUGACGUAGUUUUUAUUACUGAACUACCUUGUAAUACUUGGAUGAACUAAUUCAAAUUUUUUGGAAAUUUCAUUUAAUAUUCCACAUCGUAAUCAGUAAACGCGUGUAACACUCUUUUUAUUAUAUGUUUUUUCACUUUCUUCUUAUUUGAGAAUUAUCGAAUCUACAUUCCCUUCUUGGUGUUUUGUCCAUGAACCCACUGCCUCAACUGUUGUUUCUAACCUUGUUUGUGACAAAGUAGAAAUUUGGAAAGAACGAAAUAUAUCAAAACCAAUUUUCAUAACUACCGUAACCUCUUAUUUGCGCACCAAAUGAUGUACUAAAAAUAUAUUGUAGAACGAAUCUAUUUAGGUAAUAAUUAUAUUAGACCACUUAUCUAAUUCAAACCAAUUAUUAUGCGAGGAAUUGUAGAAAAAAAAACACAUUGUAAUUAAUCCUUAAGCCAAAUUUACACGAACUAAAUUAUCAGCUAUAUUAUGUUGACAUAAUCCGAUA